ACGGCUACAUUGGCAUGGAACUUUCUGUGGUUCCGGUUUUCCAGUCGGAAAUUGUCCCUGCGGCCGUGUGAGGACUGGUCGUCGGCACAUAUCAAUUGGCAUUGAUCUUCGGGAGAAUUGUGAUGAGUGGUGUAUGUUACAGCACCAGUGGCAUGCAAACUGCUGCAUCAUAUCGCAUCCCCUUUGGACUUUUCUACAUUGUGCCAGUCCUCGUCUUCUGCCUGAUCUGGUUUAUUCCCGAGUCUCCACGAUGGCUGCUCCUCAAAGACCGUAUUGAAGACGCCCGUCGAAACCACCAUAUAUCGAGCAGGUACCAUGUCCGACGCGGCGAUCGAACUCGAGUUUGCCAGAAUGCACCAAUCCUUGAUUGAAGAGCCGGAACAGGGCAAGGCAUCUGACCUGGUCAAGGGCGUCAACAAGAAGUGCACUUUCGUCGUCUUCAUGAUAGGCAUGUUUCAGCAAAUCACCGGUCAAGCCUUUGCCGCACAAUACCGCGCUGUGUUCAUCAAGUCCUUGGGGACCAUCAAUCCGUGUGCGAUGACUCUGAGCAACAGUUGCAUCAGCGCGUCUGCAAUCAUUUGCACACUUCUCACCGUGGACAAAAUCGGCAGAAGGCGACUCCUCCUUGUCGGCUCGGUGAUCCAGUGUGCUGCUCUUUGCACCAUGGGCGGGCUCGGUGUGCAAAAGCCCACAUCUUACGCACACAAAUCGGGCAUUGUCGCUUGUCUCUCGAUUUUUGUGUAUGGCUUCGGCUCCAGUUGGGGCCCGUUGACUUUCGUGGUGGUGACCGAGUUGCCCGCUCUGAGAUUGAGAGACAAAUCACAGCGAGUCGGCGCCCUGACCAACAUCUUAUUCAACUUCCUUGUCAACUUCACCAUCCCCUACCUCCUCAACGCUCCGUAUGCGGCCCUGGAAAGGAAGGUCGGUUUCAUCUACGGCAGCUCCUCUUUUGCCGCGUUCUGGUUCGUCUACUUCUACGUUCCAGAAUGCCGAGGAAGAAGUCUGGAAGAGAUUGACAUCAUGUUCCACGAAGGCGUUCCUCUGCGGAAGUUCAAGGACCAUCCUCGCCUUCGGAUCGAGGUUCGGCCCGGCGAUGAGGUAGACGAGGCCAAACUCGCCGUCUCAAGCCAAGCCAUCCAUUUGGAGGACAAGUGAGCGGACCAAGGCUUCAGCGUGGUCCGUGGGCCGACAUACCAUACAGUAACGUGUUCCAAAGCUCAGGCUGGAAUCGGCAGGAGAAGCUAGGACUCAAACAAAAAGUAGAUAUUUCGACCUUGCACAAGCCAAGGCACAAGUUGUAUAGAUCGUAUAGACGAUAGAGCUUGUAC